AUGGAACUCGACACCAUCGACAAGUUGGCACGUUCGUUCCGGCUGACAUGUGCUACCGGUGUCCUCAUCAUGAACUCUGUCUUCUACGGCAUGAUGCGUUCUUUCGAGCUCAACGUCCCUCCUGGCGUCUCUCAAGCCGAAGGCCUUAUCAUCAUGAGUUACGCAUGGGUCGCUGAAUCGUCCCUCAGGUAUCCGUCCUCGAGAAGGGGUUGCAUCCCUUGGUUGGCGCUUUUCUCGGAAUUCUACACAAUAGCCAUCUAUGUCUUCGUCGCCGCGCUAUACGAGGCUGGCACUCGAAGCUGCAGCAGCUACGCCGACACACCAAUUGGCGCCUUCAAGGGCGCCCUUGGGUUCGUCAGCGUCGAGAAUUCGUGCGGAAUGCAGACGGGCAUAUUUACUCUUGCCACACUGACGGUAUUUAGCUCGCUUACUUGGUGGGCUUUCUACCUCAGACUUUACCGCCAUCAUCAGCGAGAACAACUUGGUGGUUAG